CGAGAAGCAGAGGAGAGAAAGAAGAAGAAUGGAUGAAAUCAAACGGAUUCAAAUGUCUUUACAUCUGCUACUGGUGCUGAUUCCAUUUACAGUGCUCGCUGUCCAAUAUUCCUCCAUCAUCAUCAGAGCUGGAGCUGAAGUCACUUUGUCUUGUGACAAGAUGAGAGAUGAUCAUGUGAACUGUGGAGCUACUGAGUGGCUCUUCGUUGAUUCAGAGGGGACUAGAACAGACCUGUUUGUAAACAGGCAGCUCGACACAUCUGUGAUUUCCAAAUCUAAAGCAGACAGACUACGUCUUGCUGCAAACUGUUCUCUGGUUAUUAGGGAGGUCACAGCUGAAGAUGCUGGUCAAUACACCUGCAGACAGUCUGACCUGACAACACAAACACAUGAAGAUCAUUAUGUUUAUCUCUCUGUUGUCAACGUGACUGAGCAGAAGAGAAGUGAUGAGGUGACGUUGAGCUGCUCUGUGUCCACAUGUAGAAGCUGUGUCCUCACAGUGAAGUGGCUGUUUAUGAAUAUGGAUGUGACUGAAAACAACAAAGACCUGAAGACAUCACAGUCUUCCUGCACGGCCAAUGUGAGCUUCUCAAAAUCCCAUUUUGAUCACAAGAUGAAGAACUAUAGCUCAUUAACAUGUGAAGUGAAGCAUUUUAACAAAGAGGAAAAGUUUUCCUUCAUCCCUCCGUCAUCAGAAGGAAAGAACGAACCAGCUCCAGGAAACAAAGAGAUGACAACAGAUUGGUGGCUGUACAUCGCUCCGGUUGUGGGUUUUGCCACAAUCGUGAUAUUGGUUGUGAUUCUCAUCAGAUGGAGAAGAAACAAAGCUACAGACACACAGAUGAAGGCAGAUGAAAACAGAACCUUCUCUGUGGAGGAGACGAGAGGUUUUGAUGAACCUGACUCUUCUCUCUGCGAGGCCAACUCUUCUGUUCCUGUCGUCUCAGGGAACAAAACACAGACGCACAAACACACGGUCGACCCUGCAGAGGAUGUGGCCUACGCCUCCAUCAGCCACUCCCCUCACAGCACGGCCCAGAUCCAGGGAGGUGAUGAUGCAGUGACCUACAGCACUGUGAAAGCUCCCUCCUCUUCUACUGGACCCUCAGCUGAUCCCAGCAGCCUCUAUGACACCGUCAAGUUCAAUCAAUAGAGAUGGGCGGUGUGGCCUAGUGGUUAGAGUGGUGGUUCUUCAACAAGAAGGUUGCCGGUUUAAACCCCACUCUCUCCCAUCUGCAUGCCGAAGUGUCCUUGGCAAGAUACUGAACCCCUAAAUGGCCCCUCAUGAAUGUUGAGUGUGCUAAUUGUAAGUCGCUUUGGACAAAAGCGUCAGCCAAAUGACUUGUAAUGUAAUGUAAUGAGACAUGGAGAGACUCCUCCUGGUGAUUCCUCCACACAGCAUCAGUAUCAAUGUUUCUCACCAGAGCAAUAAGCUGUGUCUUUCCACUGACGUCUGUCCAUUCAUCCAGCUGCAGUGAAAAUGCUUCAGCAAGUUUUUACACAACUUCAUCAACAAUGUCUGUUCCAUCGUUUCUAUUCUGCAGCAAAGUGUCAUUUGACAAAGACCCAGUUUAGAACUGAUCUGCUGUGUUUGUGUCCAGCAUCGUCUCGGUCAGUACAGCAGCAGCUGGAAGUAGCAGGUCCUCAGCUGUGGUGAAAGGCCUUUUGGCUUCAUGAGAAGCCUCCAGUGCUGUGGCUGAUGUUCUGGAGACUUUUCACAUCGUUUCUUGUGAAACUAUGAAGUCAGACUGUUUCGUCUUGAGAAACUCUGGUGUGUUACCGACAUGACACUGAUGUGUUGUGCUGAGAUGUCGCUGCAGCUGCUCUGACUUCAUGCAACUGUUUGAUCAUUUUUCCAUCAGAAAAUGCUCAAUGCUUUGGGCGGAUUGCAGCUCGUUGAAGUAAAUCCCAUUAAAACAUAUUCUUCAUGAUACUAACGAUAUUGUGUUGGCUUUUUUUUGUUGGCACAAUGUAUUUGUGAUCCACAGCUCGGGCCUACAUGUGUAGUCAAAAGCCUACAGCCACAUGUCCCUUUGUUCUGGAGAAAACCAGAAUCUCCAGAACUCAGUCUCCCAGGAUGCAUCAACUUCACAAAGGAGUGAAAAACGACCAGGGACACAAGUUUCAACUUCUAUUGGUCACUCUGGGCCCCAUGACCUGUGAGGUCACCAGGGCCAAUAUAAGGCCAGGUCUCCCCCUCUUCAUUCUCUUUCCAUGUAACUCUGAGGAGAGAAGUCCGGCUUCUCCAUCUCACAUCUUCUCUUUCCAUUCACCUCUUCGAGAGGAGCCCACCUCUCUGUCUGAGCAAGAGGUGCAGCUUUCCUCUCACAGAGCGAGGGAAGCCUCCUCCAAAUCCAAGCUCUACCAACCUUCACACGAGGGCCUGAUGAAGAACUGCAACGGAGCUGUAUGCAGAGCAGAACCACAAAGACAGGAGACACACAACCAGCAAGACGACUUCACAGAACUUCAGACAGCACUUUCUUUUUACCUUUCCACGGACGGUAACACAACUUGGCUUAAUAAUUAUACUAGGCUUUACAAUGACUGUUUAUUUGAUUCCUUGUGAUGUUUAUAAGUUUAAUUUGUGUUGAUGUGAUAUUGUGGUUACAAGUUAUUUGAAAGUUAAUAUUAGUUAUGACCUUCAGUCUUUCAUGCAUGCAUCUAGUAACUCUCUCUAAUUUGGCACCAACACACACAGACACACGCAUACUCAUAUACAUAUCUUUAUUUAGUAAG